UCCAAGAUGUCUUUUGUCUUCCCUGUCAGCUUUCUCAAAAUUCCCACACUUUCCAGCCUCUUUCAACUUUUCCGAGCGUCCAAACACCAUAACCGCCAAAAAAAAUCUUCACCUUUCUUUACGUCGCAGUGAUCCUCUACCCGUUCAUGCUCGAAAGUCCGAGCAAUUUUGGCAGCUUCUCAGCGACACGGCCCGUCCUCUCUCUUUCUGCGAUUCCGCACAACCCCGCUGCCUCUAGGCUCGGGUGCUCACUGCUAUCUCUAUUUCAGUCCUUUUGGUUUACCCCGUGUACGUUAGUAUUUUCCCGGUAUACGAGAGUAUUUUCGUUAAAUAUUUUUUCAGAAUAAAAGGAAAGAAUUUUUUUUUUCUUGGAUUAAAGAAAGGGUAGUAUUGGAAUGUUUUCUUGGAGUGGUUGCCCACAAAAAGUUUUUAAAACGAUCCGAAAAAAAAAAGCAAACAAGUUCCAUUUUCUCUCGUUAUACACAGUGUCUUUUACAAACUUGUUUCUUUUUAAAUCCAUUUCUAGUUGCAGGCUACAGUACAGACUAGAGAGAGAGAGAAGAUGCAGGUUAUAUAGAACAAAAGAGUGGCAAAAGCCCAUAGAAGCUUCACUUUUCUUCGUCUUCAUAAUCAUCAACCCCAUAACCUUUUACACUCUGUAUCCCUGAGUGUCUGCUCUAAACUGCUGCUUCUUCUUCCUCUUGUCAAAAGGCAAUUUGUGCUUUUGUGGGUGUUAUAACUGUUAAUUAAAGUUUUGGUGAGUUUUUGAUGUCUGUGCCUUUAGAGCAUGAUUACAUAGGUUUGUCAGAGGCUUCUCCUUCAAUGGAAGGCUCUGAGAGGUCCAGUGGGGGCUUGAACCUCAAGGCCACUGAGCUACGACUUGGCCUGCCCGGGUCCGGCUCACCGGAAAGAGAAAACGGAGUAGUGGCGGAGGACCGGGCUGGGUACCCACUUGGGAUGCUGAAGAGCUUGCUGGUGGUCUCUGGUGCCAAGAGGGGCUUCUCUGACGCCAUUGAUGGGGGUUCUGGGAAGUGGGUUUUUUCUGGGAGUGGUGGAUCCGAGGCUGAGUUGGGUAAAGGUGGGAACUUGUUCUCUCCCAGAGGUGUUAAUGGGUCAGGAAAAGGUGGUCUUGGGGGUGGGUCCGAGUGUGCCAAUCAGAAUCCGGGUUUGGGUGUUCCGGUUCUGAAAGAUGGCGUUGUUCCUCAGUCACCUAAGCCGUUGCAGGAGAAGAAGUCCCAGCUCUCUGCUCCUGCAGCAAAGGCACAGGUUGUGGGAUGGCCACCAAUUCGUUCUUUCCGGAAGAAUUCAAUGGCUUCUCAUCCUCCAAAGAAUGAUGAUGACUCAGAGGGCAAGUUUGGAUCUGGAUGUCUGUAUGUCAAGGUCAGCAUGGAUGGUGCUCCAUACCUGAGAAAAGUUGAUCUAAAAAACUAUGGGAGUUAUAGGGAACUCUCUUCUGCACUGGAAAAGAUGUUCAGCUGCUUUACAAUUGGUCAGUGUGGCUCUCAUGGAGUUCCCAGCAGAGAUGGAUUGAGCGAGAGUCGGUUAAUGGAUCUGCUCCAUGGUUCUGAAUAUGUACUCACCUAUGAAGACAAAGAUGGUGAUUGGAUGUUAGUUGGUGAUGUUCCCUGGGAGAUGUUCACUUACUCUUGUAAGAGGAUGAGAAUCAUGAAGAGUUCAGAGGCUAUUGGGUUAGCCCCAAGGGCAAUGGAAAAGUUCAAAAGCCGCAACUAGUGCAACCCAACCGCAUUAUGCAUACCAUAUUCUAGUUAAACAAAAAAUGUUGGAAAUGUUUUCUAUUCAAAUGCUGAAAGCCAUGAAUGGGUCCAGUGUUUCCUGUUUACGUAUGUUCUAAAUAUUGAAAGUUGUUAUGGAAAAACAAAGUAGUAGGCAAAGAUAUAUCAUCCUAGAUGGUUCCAGUAUUCAUAGGCUUGCUCCCCCACCCUUUCAUGCCUCGGUCUGUAAUAUGGUUGCUGUUUGUUAAGGUUAUAUACACUACUAUGUGAAUGGUUUGUUUGCUGUAGUAUGUCUCUCCCACGAGUCACGAUGGUGUUCGACUCUUGUUCGAGUGCCGAGACUCUUUAAUAAUGAAGUGCAUCUCAGUUGUUGAAA